GCAACCACAAACAGGAAGAAAACAUACAGCUGUUAUCUAAGCAGGGAGGGCUUUGGCUAGCUUAGCACCCCGUGUGGCAUUGUCACAGUAAUGAAACGGCAUUGAGAGUCGGAACAAACUGGUGUUUGGUCAUGCUGUGUCCGGAGUAGCGGCCGUAUCGAUAGAUACCAAGAAUACCGUCCUCCUCGACUUUCCUCCGGCCCGGCUGUUGAACCGAGGUGUGAAUGAGUGACUUGGUGUCUCCCACAGCUCUCAGUGAAGUCCAGCUCCGCUUCCUCUGCCACGAUGACAUAGAGAAUGUCAAGCUGCUCUGCGGUGAUUGGUUCCCAAUCGAGUACCCAGACUCAUGGUAUCAGGACAUCACCUCCAACAAGAAGUUCUUCUCCCUCGCUGCCACCUUCAGAGGAGGCAUCGUGGGAAUGAUUGUGGCCGAGAUCAAAGGCCGGACCAAAGUACACAAAGAGGAUGGAGACAUCCUGGCCUCCAGUUUCCCUGUGGACACACAAGUAGCCUACAUCCUGAGCCUCGGAGUAGUCAAAGAGUUCAGGAAACACGGCAUCGGCUCCCUACUGCUGGACAGUCUGAAGGAGCACAUCUCAACCACGGCCCAGGACCACUGCAAGGCGAUCUACCUGCACGUCCUCACCACCAACAACACCGCCAUCUACUUCUACGAGAACAGGGACUUCAGGCAGCACCACUACCUGCCGUACUACUACUCCAUACGAGGCGUCCUCAAAGAUGGCUUCACAUACGUGCUCUACAUCAACGGGGGUCAUCCGCCCUGGACCAUAUUUGACUAUAUCCAGCACAUCGGUUCCGCCCUGGCCAGCCUGAGCCCCUGCUCCAUCCCUCAGAGGCUGUACCGGCAGGCCCAGUCGCUGCUGCGCUCCCUGCUGCCCUGGUCCAACAUCGCCUCCAAGACCGGCAUCCAGUACAGCAGAACAAUGUGACGGCCACGUGGUGGGUGGGAGUCGUGGGGAAAUCACAAGAGCAGACUUUAGUAGCUAACAGGCCGGACUUUCUCACUCGCUUUUAUUGGAUGUUUGAUUUCCACGUCUCUCUUCCAUGUCUCUCUUGUGUCUUUCUGUUUUUCUUCUUGCAGGAGUGCAACCGCUUCACCAUCAGUCUUCCCCUGUACACACGUAGAUGUACACCCACAUCCUCUUAACGGCGCUCCACACCCUGUGUUUGUCACAGGACCGGGGUUCAGCCUGCGUCAGACCGCCCACAUCGCACAGUGUCACUCCCGGUUUCCAAUACGUCUGUCACAGUUCCCACGUCUGCUAAAUAGGAUCGUCUUAAUGCUUAUUUUACACUGACAGAUCUAGUCAAAUGAUUCAAUACAUAUAUACUACGACACUACCCCAUAGAUACUAAAGUGACCUGCAUACUUGUGUACGCCAAAGCAGAGCGCGUCGGACUCGCUCUCGCCCCGAGCAGCGGAAUAGAGCGGAGGACCCAGGUCAUGGUUUGGUGUGAAUAGGGUGUAACUCACACUCUCACACUCUCUCACACUCACACACACACACACACACACUGGGAACCCGACAGAGACUAAAGGAUCAAACCUGCCUAUCGUUCUGUCUCCUCCCCUCCUGUCCACCACUGUCAGAGACUAUGUACACUGUUUGUAUAUUAUAUAUACUGAGCUAAUAUAUAUAUAUAUAUAUAAAUGUAUCUCUAUGUAUGUCUGUUCUACGCUGUCGCUGGGCCCAGUUCAAAGAUAAACCCCCCUCACCCCUUUUUUGAGUGUAAAGUGAAUCUAGAUUCAAUUCCACUUUGUAAAGUAGAGAUUGGAGAACACCUUGGAUUGAAUUGGUACUUGAAUCUAGCUGCGCUCGCAGGCUAGAGGGGUAGAAUAAAGCAAACUAUACACAGGGAACUUUGCGACACAAUGUAGAUAAGGUCGUAUAUAUUUGCUCGCAAUCUUUUAGCCACAAAAAGGAGCUCCCAUUUUGCCGGAGAAACAUAUGAACAUGUUGUAGCAUCUGUCAUUAUUAACUGCAGGGCCAAGUGUACACACACACACACACACACGCACACCGUGCAGUUCUGUGUGGAAGUCUGCAUGAAAACACCAGAGCCUUUCCACAUUGUUUCCCAAUGUUGCCCGUGUGUAGUCGGUCCCGGCGGCUGGGUCCUUAUCUUAGAGGUUUUAAAUGGCUGCAGCCCUCAUCCGUCUGCCUCGGGGCUUAAGAUUGCUGCUAACGUAAAGAAAUGGUCACUUUGGCCAGAUUUUUAAUGUAACGGCCGUGCAGUGGACAUGAGACCAGUUAAGUAACGUUCCCCCAACACACACGUCACACACUACUACUGAUGCAUACGGGGUCUGAAUUCAGUACCCGACAUGUUGACUGUGUGUCAGUGACUCGCUGGGUGGUUCCUCAAUUCUAUCGCGUCAGCGUAUCCAUUUGAUACAGGACGCAGCACUGAAAAGGGUAAAGGUGUCCGUGUACAGAAACGUGCGUUGGUUGUAACAGAGGUGAAGGUUGAACAAGUCAGCCAGCCUUUGGAAGGGAACUCAAAAGUACAUUUCAAACAUUGUGUAUGCAAUAAAUUUAUUUCAUUUAAUUUAA